AUGGAGCAUGACGAUGAUCCGACAGGACCUACCCGGGUACCGCUUCGAGUCGCCCCUGCUGUCGUACUGCGCCAUGGUGGCAGUCAACCGCAUUUCCAUGGGCUGGAAGGUGCCCGCUGCUGGUGUUCCGAGAGGCCUGUCGGCUCCGCGACGGGAAUUCUUUGCAGCAGCAACACCAACACUCUGGACGAAAUUCUCCGCAGGCUCUGUCGGCGAUGGAAGAGGCAGGAGAGAAGCACGACCUCUGGCAUCGUCCACAACUGGCGAUUGAUGCUGUUCAACUUGGGCAAAAAGGAGGUCUCGAGCAAGGCUACCACGCGGAGUCUGGAGGGAUCAGAAGUCGGCUACCAAGGCACCACCACCUCCAUGGAGCAGAUCCCUCGAUUGUACCAUCGCACCCAGCAGGGGGUCCGUCUCAUCAUGGAUCGCGAUCUGGUUUUGGGCGCGGCUUACCCACUCAGAAUGUCCGGCACGGUUUUGCAGGAAGCCGAACAUCGACACAAGCUGAAUUGGUGGUUAUCCCGCAAAGACGAAAUGCUGCGUGGCCACCAUGAACUCCUGAUCAAGCACGUCAGGACCACUCUGCCGCUUCGAGAGGCCCUCGGUCAUCCAGUCGAUUAA